UCAUGGAUUUAUUGGAGUAGGCUACGUGUUUGGUACAUGAAGAUGCUUCUGAUUCAGUGCCAAUUAAGUAUCAUUCUACUAUUUGUAUCGGGAGGGACAGAUCUGUGGCGCGAGGUGCAGUGGAGGGAGGGGUCGAUGAUGACGAGGAGGAGGGUGUGGGACCCGGAUGCUGAUGCCAGGAACCAGAGCGGAGAAAAUAACGUUUUACAACGCAAAGAAACCGUCAAGACACGCAAAAUAUCAGCGCGCGUAUCAGUCACCAUCAAAACCACAAAACCCCUUCCCCCAAAGCGACCGGCGAGAGCGGACACACGGCGCAGAAGAGAAGGAAGAGGAUGCUGCGGUCCGCAGCUCAACAUCAGCAGCAGAGAUGAAGCAGAGCUGCCAGAUCCGCUACAGUGAUGCGAGAGGAUGCAGAGCGACCUGGACCUCCUCGUCUUGCUCAGUGUGAAACGGCAAUAGAUUUACCUGCUUGUUUAACAGCAUUUGCGAGAUUCCGGCUCCUUUACUUGAGGUUUAGGCCCAGCACAAGUGUACUGAAGGCUUGUGUUCACUUAUAUCCACAAACACUACCGUUAGUCAGGAAGAGAUUUUGUCACGAGGCGAUGGCCAGCUGGUAGAUACAUCUAGAAACAGGAGCUUACUAACAGGACCUGGCUUUCUGUAAUGACUGGAAACGAAAAGCCUGAUCAAUUGAGAAGGGUGACUUUGAUUGGCAGAGCUGUGAGUUAGGCUGCUUCUAUGGACCUGACUGUAUCUCUGCAUUGCAAUCAGCAUCUUACCCCUUAUCUAAAUGACAAACACAAAAGAGUUCAGAAUAAUAAAUAGGCCCGUAUGACAUAUAUUAAGGAACCCCGAGCUCAGCAUGGAUAUAUUUCCAGGUUGCUUCAGACCCUUGGAAGACUAUUUUAGAAAAACUCAACUCAAAAACAGUGCGCUGUGAUAAUAUUGAAUGCAAAAUGUCUAAGGAACUGUCAGUGACCCAGACAGCUCAGUAUGUUGGGCCAUAUCGACUGGAGAAGACUCUCGGGAAAGGCCAGACAGGUCUGGUGAAGCUCGGGAUUCACUGCAGCACUGGCCAAAAAGUAGCCAUCAAAAUAGUCAACAGAGAAAAACUCUCAGAAUCCGUGUUGAUGAAGGUGGAGAGAGAAAUUGCUAUUUUGAAACUGAUUGAACAUCCACACGUGUUGAAACUCCAUGAUGUUUAUGAGAACAACAAAUAUCUAUAUUUGGUACUGGAGCAUGUUUCAGGAGGAGAACUGUUUGACUAUUUGGUGAAGAAGGGCAGACUGACACCUAAAGAGGCACGAAAGUUCUUCAGACAAAUCAUAUCUGCUCUGGACUUCUGUCAUAGUCACUCCAUAUGUCAUAGAGACUUGAAGCCAGAAAACCUCCUGCUGGACGAGAGGAACAAUAUCAGGAUUGCAGACUUUGGCAUGGCCUCACUACAGGUGGGAGACAGUCUGCUAGAGACAAGCUGUGGAUCUCCUCAUUAUGCAUGUCCAGAGGUUAUCAGGGGUGAGAAAUAUGACGGCCGACGGGCUGAUGUAUGGAGCUGUGGAGUCAUUCUCUUCGCUCUGCUAGUGGGUGCACUGCCCUUCGACCACGAUAACCUGCGGCAGCUGCUGGAGAAGGUGAAGAGUGGAGUCUUCCACAUGCCACAUUUCAUCCCUCCCGACUGCCAGGCUCUGCUGCGGGCCAUGAUCGAGGUCAAUCCUGAAAAAAGAGUCACGCUAGAGGCCAUCCAGAAACAUGCCUGGUAUCAAGCUGGACGUAAUGAGCCGUGUCCGGAGCAGCCGCCCCCGAGGCGCGUGAGCAUGGGACGGAUCAUGUCUCUGACAGAGCUGGACCCAGAUGUGCUAGACAGCAUGUAUUCUCUGGGCUGUUUCAGGGAUCGGGUUAAACUGGCCCAAGACCUGCAGUGUGAAGAAGAUAACCAGGAGAAGAUGAUCUAUUAUCUCCUGUUAGACCGUAAAGAGCGCUAUCCUAGCUAUGAGGAUGAGGAUCUUCCUCCCAGAAAUGACAUUGACCCUCCACGGAAGCGUGUAGACUCACCCAUGUUGACACGUUACGGCCGCUGCCGGCCAGAGAGGAAGAGUCUGGAGGUGCUGAGUGUGACGGAGCAGGGCUCACCCACAACCCCACGCAGAGCGCUGGACACCUCCACGCACAGCCAAAGAUCUCGAUCUGUAAGCGGAGCAUCAACGGGCCUCUCAUCUAGUCCUCUGAGCAGUCCUAGGAGCUCUGUCUUUACCUUCAGCGAGCCGGAGGUAGUUGCCGUCACCAAAGCGGGAAGCGGCAGCACCAACGCUCAUCCAAACCGAUCGCAUGAACCCAAAACACAGACGCUUCCAUCUAAAACUGCACCCGAACGCCUCCAGUCCAUGAAGUCCUUCCCCUUGCCCUCCUCUUCCUCCUCCUCCUGCUCUCCCUCCCCUUCCCCCUUCCUGUCGUCCAUUCCCCGUUUCCUCUUCUUUCCUUCUCCAUCUGCGUUGCUGAAGUCGGUUACUAAAAGCCUGUAUCCCAUGUCUCAGGUCACCCCUCAGGGCUCUCCCCUGCCCACCCCGCUGGGUACCCCUGUGCAUCACCCCCACCCCUGCACCGCUACCCCACCCUCCUCCUCCUCUUCCUCUUCUUCCUCCCGAGCUGAGGGAGGAAGUGUGGGCGUGGGCUCACUCUCCUUGACCCCACCCUCUAGUCCAGGGGGAGGCGGCGGCAUGGUGGCCAGUAGCUCCGCCUACUGGAGGACACGCCUCAACUCGCUGAAGAACAACCUGUUGGGAUCACCGCGGUUCCACCGCCGCAAGCUGCAGGUGCCAACCUCAGAGGACAUGUCCAGUUUAACACCAGAAUCAAGCCCAGAGCUGGCUAAAAGGUCCUGGUUUGGGAAUUUCAUCAGUCUGGAGAAAGAAGAGCAGAUUUCUGUGGUCAUCAGAGACAAACCUUUUAGUGGCAUUAAAGCGGAUAUCGUCCAUGCCUUCCUCUCUAUUCCCUCGCUCAGUCACAGCGUAAUCUCUCAGACCAGUUUCCGUGCGGAGUACAAGACUUCUGGAGGUCCGUCUGUCUUCCAGAAACCCGUCAGAUUUCAGGUAGACAUCUCCUUCUCUGAGGGGGAAAGAGAACGAGAGCGGGACAGAGACAGGGACGGACAGAAGGAUUAUGGGCUCUACAGUGUAACUUUUAGCCUCAUAUCAGGUCCAAGUCACAGAUUUAGACGAGUUGUUGAAACGAUUCAAGCCCAGUUGCUCAGUGGUCACGAUCAGACCAUGACGCAGACUCUUUCAGAUGAGAAGAACAGUCGCCCUCCUAGAACACCAACCAGACAGAACUCCCGGCGCUCAGAGGGCGGAGCCGACCGCUGCGAGUGGGUGGAGUGUGGAGAGGGCGGGGUUUUACUCCAGCGCAGGGGGUCUGGAAGAGAAAGAACCCGCCUACUUUCCUCCAGUGGAACACAAUCACAGCCCUGAGCAAGAAAUGUUCAGUCAGGACUUUACUCAAACGUUCCUUCUCCCCUUCUCACCUCAGAACAGCAUGAUGGUCAAAUGUGUUUUUAAAGGAGCUUUUUGAAAGUCUAAUGAAACCAAAAACUGAUACACAUUGUUCAAGAACAUGGGAUCUAUUGAACAGUCAGGGAACCGAGGAGCACUUUGUUCUCAAACGUAUUUAAUCGAUCAUCCUGGACAAUGCUUUGAUUUGUGCUGUAUUUUCCCUCACGUGAUUUGGAUGUAAUGUGCAGAACUUGGCUUUUUAAUGACAUUGGUGAAAGGAAAGGUUUCGGUUGGGGGCAGCACACCAUCUGUUCCUUCCAGACCAGGUCUCCGUUUCACCAAUCGAGUAAUUAUAGCAACAGAGACGUUAGUCCAAUUUAUUCUGAAUUUUUAUCCUCCCAGAAAAUAUGUAGAGAUUUAGAUCCAAAAGCUAUCAGCACCAAGAGUGCUCAGUCAUAUGCAAUAAAAAUCAAUAAGCUACAAAAGAUUCACAUGCUGGAUCUUUUUAAAACAUGAUUACCUCCUUGAGCGGACAGACUCAUGGUGAUUUUAUGACCGUUGCUCACCAGCCCUGUGUCAUUAGCUAACUUCAUUUUCACUCUCUGUAGAAAUGCUGCAUGCUAAAUAACGUCAAGCUUCGGCCCCUAAUGCCUGCGUUUCUGCGUGCGUUCACCAUCCAAAUCUAGCCUCGGUUCACCCUUUUGGCAGCUCAAACGUAAGAGAGCAUCUGACAAACGGAGGAUUCCGGUGACUGUAGUCUCCAACAAGAGUUCACAUGUAGAGCGAACGGGAAUCAGUCCAAAAUGUGAAAGGAUCACAUUCAUCCAAUUUCUCUGUUGCUGCAAGACUUUUGGGUGAAGCCAACCAAGUGAAUGUCGUUGAUUUUAUUUGUGGAUUUUGGUUUAUUGAAAAUAAUUUAUUUGUAUAUCUUUCCUGAGGAUUAAAAAAAAAGUCCAUUAGGUGUACAUAUGUAUGUUUAAGAAAGAAUAGAAUGCCUGAGGUAUUAAAAAUACAUGUUUUUGGGGAAUUGCAACAUAAUCUAUGGCAAAGUGCACUGUUCUUUUAGACAAGCAAACAUGCGUGCUUUGUUGGUUUAAAAAUUUAAAAAAUACACUUUAAAGAUGUGUCAGUUUUCUGUCACUGGCAUCAAUGAAUGGAAAUGCAAAAAUAAUUACAAGAUUUCCUGAACCCUCCCCCUCACCUGCCAGUCAAACACAUGACCACGCCCCCAAACUCACACCAUUGGUUGAAGCAAAGUUGCUUUUAGUUCAAUUUUCCCUGCACUCUUAAAAAUAAAGGUUCUUUUUAUGGUUUCAUGAAGAACUUUUAACAUCCAUGGAAUCAUUCCAUUCCACAAAUGGUUCUUUAAAUGAUUAAAAUUUCUCACUAAGAAAAACUGUUCUUUUUAAGAACAGUCUACUGAAAGGCUCAAAAACACCCCUUCAUUUUUAAGAAUAAAGCUGGAAUAGAAGACAAUAUUACAAAAAUUAAAAAUCACACACUUCACCUUUAAGAAGAAAAGGAAAGAAAGACUUCCUCUGGGCAUUAUCUGAUGAGAAAAUUGUGCUGUACCUUCGACCUCAAGAGGAAAUUGAAAAUUUUAUGGUAUUUGAAGAAAAAUAAAACCAUUGUCUAGGCCACAGACCUUGCUCGUGCCAUCACGAAAUAUGUACAUUCACAUCAAUUUGUCUCUAAUUAUGAUUAUGACACGGUAUAAAAUAGGAAAUUGAUCUCUAAGAUCCAGCGUAAUAUAUCUGAAAGAGGCACACUCUCUGUACAAAUGGCUUCUCUGCUCAACAGUUGUCAUGAAUCUGCUAAAUGUGAUCCAGUUUUGUGUGUCUUUGUCCAUUUUAAGUUGUCUUUGUGUCAGCUGUUUUCCAUUUUUCAUUUAUUUAUUGUGUGGAAAUUGGUUGCCACUAAAAGGCUUAUUACAUAAUGUGACCGAUGGACCAUCAUAUCUUAUCAUAUUUAAAUAGUUUAAGCAAUGUAUCCAGUUUUGGGCAAGCAAACCGUGAUCAUUAAGAACCAACCAGUCCAAAUCUAAGAAAAACCACUUUUCAUUUUUGUUGCAAAAAAAGAUAGGAAUAGCAUAUGUAUUAUAUUUUUGCAUCAGGGAAUGGCACAACUAUCUGGACAUAUCAUAACUUGUAUUGUCUUAGUUGGCCAUCAGUUGGUUAACAUAUGUAUUUUUAGGAAUAACAACAGGACGAAAUAUCUAGGAACAGCAUUGCCAAUGCAAUAUUGAUUUUCAUGUUGAAACCGGCCAGGUUUCAUUUGCUUUUCUGUCUGUGGUUAUGUAUGUAUGUAUGUAUGUAUGUAUGUUUGCUUGCAAUGUUUUUCCCAGCCCUCAACAGAAUUUUAACUCUAUGUUGGCAUCUCAUUCGCUGAGAGUGAAUGGAUCAUGAUCGUGCAUCUGGACGUUUGUGCACAGUGUGUGUUCACGAUGCACAGAGAGUCUCAGAGAGUCAGAUCACAUUGUUCUUUCGAUUUCAGCUUUGAAAGUGUGUGUGUGUGUGUGUGUGUGUGUGUGGGAGAGAGAAGCGAAAUGGAUUCAGGAAGGUCUACGUAAUCAAUUUAAUAGGCGUCAAUAAAAAUAACCAACAAAGUUUACAAACCCA